UACAGCUGCUGUUGGGUCAACAAUUUAUAUGGAUACCCUAGCUGGAUGCUUUUAACUCACGUGGACCUGGGCGCCAGAUCCGACACUGGAAUUCCCAACAGAUCUCCAGUCACAACACUCCCCCCAAAGCUAAGGGUCCCACAAAACUGCCCCACCACCUACUCACUGCUGGCUCAUGAUCCCGAUGGUGACCUCGUGAAAUGCAGAUAUGGACAAUCAUACAAUAGUGAGUGCUACACCUGUGCUCAGCAAACUGGCUUUGGACUAAAUGAGAUUUCUUGCGAACUUUCUUACUAUGGCACACAAACUGGGGUGUACAUGUUUGAACUUGUCAUGGAAGAUUUUCCGCAGCGGUACAUUCAGUUACAAUACAGUGAUGGCUCGUCAGUGGGCAAAGCCCCCCUAUAUUCAACCUCAAGCAACGGGGGGUGGUGGAAUGGACAGUCCACAACAGCAGCUCCUUCCACAUCAACUCCAAGCAACUGGGGUUGGUGGUGGAAUGGACAACCCACAGCAGUAGUUCAAACCACUUAUACGACUACAAACCAAGACCCACUAAGUAAAAUACCCAUCCAGUUCCUUGUGGAAGUUAUUUCUUCAGUGCCCAGCUGCAACUUUGGGGAUUACAGGCCUCAGUAUUUGAGCCCUACACCUUUCAAUGGACAAAUUAAAAAAGCCUCCGUCAAUAAUCAGUUUCAGUUUACCAUCAGAGCACAAGCAUCAUAUGCUGUCAUACAAAACAUCAUGAUCAGUGGCCCUCUGAAUAUAACAAAAUCAUACCAGUAUGAUUACCAGACACAAACUGGAAAAGCAGAAGUGACAUGGACACCUUCUGAAAAUGACCAAGGCGAGUCCGUCCCCAUUUGUUUCUAUGCUGAGACUCAAGAAGGAUACCAGUCUGAGCUGAGAUGCAUUGUAGUGAAAGUAGGAAGACGUGAAUUUCUCCCAUUGAAUAUUGAGGCCAGCAUUGUGUGCACCAAGACGACGAUGUCCGUGUUUGUGCUGAAGUCUUCGGCCCCAGGCCUUAAUGAACAAUACUUGCGACUUAAUGACCCCCAUUGCUCACUGACAUCAAACUCAACACAUCUGAUCGCAAGUGUGUCGCUGAACUCCUGCGGUACUCGUUAUCAGGAAAAUGAUACAGAGAUCAUUUUUGAGAAUGAGAUUACAACAUUUGAUCAUUCCAGUCAAGUCAUAAGCAGAAAAAACGAGAUUGAGAUUCCUUUCCAUUGUUCUUACCCUAAAAUAGGGAAAGCAUCUGCUUCCUUCUCUCCUCACAAAGCCAACUACAUGUUCUCUGAAGCCGGCUUUGGCUCCUUCACCUUUGUGUUUGAAUUUUAUGAGAGCAGCGACUACAGAAGCAUCAUCAGCCCCAGCGAGUACCCGAUUGAGGUGGAUCUUGGCGAGAUGAUGUACAUGGAAAUCAGUGUGGACUCACCGCUUGACAACAUCAUGUUGUUUGUUCAGGACUGUAGAGCCACGCCUCAUGACGACCCCAGUGACCCAACCUACUAUGACAUCAUUACGGACGGGUGUGUUCAGGAUGACACAACAAUCAUCUUCCCCAGCAACCAAACAGAGUUCAGAUUUGGAAUGGCGGCCUUCACUUUUAUCGGGGAUUACAGCCAGGUGUACAUGACCUGUACCGUCAUGGUGUGUACUACUGGAAGUCCCGGAACCCGGUGCUCUCAGGGCUGUGUUAACAGCACAUCUACUAUGUCCAGAUACAGGAGAUCUUCGGCUUCAGAAAGCCAGGAGCACUUCAUCUCUCAGGGACCACUCUACCUUUCAAAAAAGAAUCAGUAUAAUGAUCAGGUCAGUCUGAAUCCAAACACCCUCGUCACUGUGCUGGGCUUCAUUGCAGCUGUGGCUACCGUGGCCGCCGUGGCCGGUAUCGUGAUUUAUAAGAUUAAAAUGUCAAAGGUGGUCCGAUACGAACGUCUUCCUCCUUCAGAGCUCUGAGCAUCUUUGGAAUGAGUUGUCACCUCAGUGGAUUUGGGUGAAAAGAGGAGAAAUUACUGGGAGGAGGCCGGGCCGAAAAAUAGAUGUUGACCUGAUAUAUGGUGGUGAGAAUCAGAUGGAGAUUGAGGUGUCUUUGAAAACCACAGUUAGAUUACUUUUGAUUAUUUUUUGCUUUAAAAUCUACAGGAAUCCAUUCACAGAGAGUGAAAUAUUGAUAGCAAGGGCUCCACUUUCAAAACCAAACCUAAUAUAUCAUUAAAGUGGAAACUUAAGGAGCGAUAAACUGAUUAGUUUCAAGAUUCAUCCUUCCUAUUAGGAUGUUGGGUGUUUUGAUCAUCUCAAUGCAUUAAAAGAAAAUAAGAGCAGGUUGUGGUCAGAACAGAAGAAGGGCAAAGUUGUUAACAGUUGUGGAGCCGACCGACCCUUUGAGAACUCUUACUUUUCAGUUGCUUUGACUGUGACAGUCCAACCUUAAUCCUGCAUCUCAGGUGGGUGUCUGCGUUUUCUGAAAACAUUUCUACCUUAAGAAACUGUUUACUGCUCUGAAUUAAAAUGUGAUUAAAAAUAUAUUUUCAAAAUGUC